AGCUCAUUUGAGCUCCGUCUCACAAGUCCUGAAGCCUUACCUUAUACAUUUAUGACCUGAUACCUACACAGGUCCAGGCACUAGCCUGUGUGUAUGCUGCGGCGCUUCAUGUCUCUCGGCGGCCUCCUGCUGGUCACCGUGCUGGCGCUGCCUCACUCCGUGGGGGCGCUGGUCACGGCGGAGCCGAGCCCCGGCGGCGCCGCGGCGCUGCACAGAGGCUCCCCGCAGGGCACCCCCGGGCCGCAGGAGCCGGGCCCGCUGCGCUCGGCCUUCCGCGGCUGGGCGGGCGCCCUGGCAGAGGGAGGUCCAGGUGGUCUGGCACCCGACGAUGAUGCUGAUGUUGUGCCUGGCGUCCGCCACGAGGCGCCGCAGGAGGCCCAGGACGAGCGUGUCAGCGAAGAGAGCUCAGGCCCAGGCAUGCUGAUCGCGUCGAUGCACACCAUGCAUGGCGCCACGAUGCGGGGCUCCCGCGGGGCGCCGAAGCCCGACGUCCUGGCCCUCGCCUUCUCGCUGCUGGGAGGCAUCUGCAUGAGUGCUUACCCGGUGCCGAUGAAGGCGCCUUCUGUCAUGGCGGUGAACGUGCACCCAGUCUUCUUCCAGUUCUACAAGAGUUUCUGGGUUUUCGUGACGGGCCUCUGCUUCCUGGUGUCCAACUGGCUCCGCGGCCAGGACCUCGCCCCCG